AAAUUAUAACUAUAUAUGGAACAGAUUUUUAAAUGAUAUGUAACUGAAUAAUUACUGUAAGUUUAGACUGGAUUUUUAAAUAAUAAAAUAAUUGGAAAUUUGAUACGAUCACGGUUUAUGAUCAUGAAUAAGCUUGAAUCAACGGCAUUUUAACAUUAAUACUACUUUGACAGACUGCUUGAAAUAAAAGAAUUUUAAAUGCGUUGUUUAUAAUAAAGCUGGCAAUAUAACGGUGUGUUCACAGAUUGAACUGUGUAAAGUUAGGAUUCACGGCAGAUUAUCGUCUGUCGGAUUAUCUCUGGGAGUCGUAACCAUAAUAAGGAUUUACUUAUAAGCCGAAUAAUUCAAGUUCAUUUCAAGCUAUUGUGGAAAUGUAAAAUCAAUUUAGUUAGUUAUGUUAUUUUAACAAAUCAUUAUUUUUAUUGGAACGAGGUGUUUUGGAAUACAGUUACAAUCUAUGAUACAAAAUGAGAUUAUUUCAGUCCCACACCUUACUGGAGGCAGCUGUGGAGCCAGCGCCUUCGUUUUUGAGGGACCCGACACGAGAACAUUUGAAAACAUUGGUACAUUACAGGGAUGCCAGAAACAGGUUGCCUACACCAGAUAAAGUCGCCAUCAUGGAUCUAUCGCAUAGCUUUGAAAAGCGGCGUUUAGGCAAACAACAACAAAUUCUGUCUGAGAUGAACCAACGAUGCCGAGAACAAGAGGUCUCUGACAUGUCAUCUAAACUAUCAGCAAAGUGUAGUCUAAGUCCGUCAGAAAAUAAAAGUAAGGAAGUCACAUUUUAUUCUACAAACUUUAUGACAAAACCGAAACAAAGGACAUAUGUGGGAGCAGUAGAUGUUGUGGACCCUCGAAGUUUGUCACCCACAAGUACAAAUAUCCCUGGAGUGUAUGAAAAAACAUACAAACAUUUUCCAGCACGACGCGUCAUUAAAAAUCAAGGAAAGUUUGACUUUGUGAGGUCACCUAUUCAGUUUGAACGACCCCCUCGGAUAUCUCCGGUACUCUUCGGGAAGAAUAAUCCGGCUCACUCGAGUACGGAUUCAUUGCUGAAAGCAAGAUUAAUGCAGAAUCAGCGAAUUAACGGAACUGUACAGUUGGAACAUUACACCCCACGUAUGGACGGGUUAGCUCCCCUUGUUCUUCCUACUAUUGAUCAAGGAUAUCAAACAGACACACAUGUAGAAUCUAUUUCUGCGUCCAGAGUCCAGCUUGGUUCACGAACAUUAACAAACCAAGGCCCAGACAGCAUUGUCACGAAUAGUACUAAAACGAACAAAAGUAGUACAAGACUGUCAAAACAUUCUAAAAGUAUGAAAAAUGAAAAAUCAGAACUUCAAAGUAUUGUUGCAAAAGGUGGAAGUUCACCACCCCCAAAUUCUACGGAUUAAAAUCAAGACUUAUAUAUUUUGUGGUAAAAUUACCGACUAUAUGUAUGUAUGUAUAUAUAAAAACAUGCACAGAUAGCUUUCUGAUACUGACCAUAUUGACUUGAAAUUUACUGGGAUUUACAUGUUAUAUCAAAAUUCAAUAAGGACAGAUAGGUAUUUACAGUGUUUAACUAUAUUUUGGUAAUACGCAAGUGGUAAUAGUUUGAGAAGUCCGGAUAACUCGAAUCUAAUUUAAUCAGACUGUAUCUGAAACACAGAGUGCGUUGAAAUAUCCUUUAUUCAGAGUAAUCCUUAGUGUAUAUAUACGGAGUACAGAAGAAAAAUUAAAUCAUACAUGUAUAAUGAUUUUGUUUGUUUAUUAUUUUGUAGACAUUUCACCCUGGUAAGAUAAUUCAGAAUUGACAAGUUGCCUAAAAUAUACUGAUUUCAUUUAUAGUUUGUAAACAGUAUGGUAUACGUAAACCCAUUUGUCUUAAUUUGUUUACAUCUAUCAUAGAACAUUGUGUUUUGAUUCAAAUCUUUUAAAAAUUGAGAGAUUGAGAGACAAUUAAGGACAGUUUUGAUACAGGAUAAGUGUAUGGCUCCUGACAUGCUCCUCUGUGUUUUCCUUGGUUAAGUAAGAUAAGAUAUUUUCUUAUUAACCAAUCAUGGUGCCCAAAAUUUGCGUUUGAGCUAUACAAUCAAACGAUUUACAAAAUAAAGCACAGUUAAUGGAUAUAUUAAAGUUUCUCGAUACGUAUCAAUCAAUUCAACCAAAAUAUGAAUAAGAAAAUAAAAUAAGAGGAAUAAACUCAUUCAUUAUGAGCCCGGUCAGGAAGAAAGAAAUUGAAAGAGGUAGGCAUAUUUUAUGUAACCGUGAAACUUUUGUUUCUCAAAGACUCCCACUG